GAGGUGGCGACGGCUGUUGUUAUCUAAUAUAAACAAAUAAUUAUGUCCUUGUAAUCAAUAUUAUAAAGGGCUUGGUCAUCUGAGUAGUGAUAUUUACUUGGUUUUAUACAGGUUAGUUCAUUUUCUUUUCUAACUUAAUGAUUUCUGCUUGUUUUUGUUUUAAACAUGACUAACAUCGCUAAAGCUAAUACUUGCUACACUACACUGUGAUUCUCAACAGAGAACUAAUAUUGCAAACAAGUCAAAAAUAAAAAUAAAAAUAAAAAUAAAUUAUACAACAGAUGUGAAUUGUUUUGACCACAACAAUAAUGUAAUGCUCUUAAUUCUGGUGCUCAACCGAAAGGUUGAGAUGUAUAAAUCAAUAAUUGACAGAAAUUUUGAAGAAUGUUGAAGACGUACAAAUCAAUGUCCUACGUGUCAUCGGCUCUAUCGAUCAUUCGCUUUCAUUUGGUUGCACUUGCUACUACUACAAAAAUAAAUGCGAGGGGUACGUGUAUAUACCAACGACUAUUAGAAUUAUAUGGCAGUAAGAUACUAUGAAUUAUCAAAUAAUAUGUGUAAUUCAUCUAAUAUUACACUUUUUCCCCCUCUCGCUCAGGUGUUCUCUCUUCUGGUCUCAGUUUGGAGCAAAUCUAUUUGAGAUAUGGUAGCCUUAGGCACUGGAACUCCCCAAACCAAGCUCUCGGGGAUUUGUCACAAGCCAAUUAAGCGAAGGUUAUUUCAUAGGAGUCAGGUUUCGAAAUGUGAUAUUGUAUCUGCAUUUCACAGUUCAGACAGAGAGCACCACCACUCACUCUCUUAUAAUGCAUCGUCUCUAUAUAUUCCAUCUAAAGAUAGAAAAUUUUUAGGGAAAUCAUCUUACUCCUCUGAAGCGUGCUCUUCUGAUGAGAACAUGGUUGGAGCUUCUUCGACUACUGCACGUGAGAAGGUUGGAGUGCUGUUGCUGAACCUUGGAGGCCCAGAGACCCUUCAGGAUGUGCAGCCGUUUCCGUUUAAUUUAUUUGCAGACCCAACUGCGAAAGAGGAUAAUGAAAGGUUCUUGCUAAAGCUCAGGAAUCGAAUGGAGCGGUUGGGAUUGAUAAUCCAACGAUUGAGUUCCGAUUCGAGCAUUUGAACAUUGAUGCAAAGGCAUUUGUGGGGAAUCAAGGACAUACCUGAACAACAUCGAAGACAACACCAAAUGCUAUACUUUUAGGUUUGGGUUGCAACCCUCGGUCACUGACAAAGCAUAUACCCAACCUGACAUCCUCAAGAAAUAUCCCCAUAAUCUCCAUCAAAGAUAACAAAGGAGGCUCCAUAAGGACUCAAUAAAUUCUUCGAGACAUGAAGUUGGACACAUUGGAGAGAAAGGAGGAGAAGACUUGAAGCAUAAAUAGAGGAUUCUACAUAUGGUUUCUUUUAAUAGUUUAUGAUGUGAUAAUUUGGCUUGUUGUAGCAAAUCAUGGUUACUUGUUGUAGCAAAUUAUGGUUAUAAACUAUCUAUAUCAUGUUGUAUUUUAAAUGAA